CGAGGAUGCAAAGAAGAGAUAGAAGAGUUUGAAAAUGUUGCUGUUGCUCUUCGCCCAGCAGCUACUAAAAUGAGAAAAGCGAAAUUAAGAUGGAAAAAGGCUGAAUCGCCGGUUAAAGAGGAAGUCGAGAAAGAGAUAUUAGAGUCUCCUCCUAAUGUCGGUACAAGUUGGGAAGAGUUAGCUCCUACAGAAGAACAUCAGGAAACUUCGCCUCUUGACGAGGAGAAAAAUUUGAGCGUACGUAUAUACAUCAAAUAUGCUUUGCUGGAAUGA